GAAGAAGAAGAAGAAGAACAUAUACAUGGUCAUAUGACCGCACAGGGACGAGUGUUUACAUUCUGCCUUGCUGUACGACGAACAUAAAAUAACUUCAUUUACUGCGAGCUAACAGCAAAAUGACAAAGUUGCAGGUCAUCAACACGUUUCUGACGGAGCGCUUAAUGGCGACGCUCAAUGAAAUCAUGGACAUGAUCGGCGGGACUGUCCUGCAGUAUGAAAAAGAGCUGGACAGCGUGCAGAAGGACAACGAGUAUCUGAAGAAGAGACUGAAGGAGAUCGAGAAAAUCGUCGAGUCAAACGGCAGUUUCGAGUUUCGAGUUGACAGAUUCCACAGAAAAUCGCGUAGUUCAGCUAAAUGUACGAAGCUAAAGCCUAAAACCUUGCAAGUAUCCGUCAGUAAAAUAAGCCAAAAUGUGUUAAAGACCACUUGUCCUGAAUCAGGCGUAGCUCAUGUCAACUACAACACCGCUCAUCAAAACACAGACUCAAGAUCAGUCAGGAACGACACUAUUAGCGGCAGCGGUCAUCUCGGUAUAGCUAACGUUGCGGUCAACCCCCAACGUCACGCGGCGUUCAGGCAGGGUAGGGGAAGAGGACGGGGACGAGGAAGAGUCAAAGGUCCUGGGACGCACAUAUGCCCACAGUGUGGAAAACUAUUCCCGCAUCAUUCACGGCUAAAGGUGCACAUGCUCAUUCAUACAGGGGAGAAGCCGUACGCUUGUGCUCAGUGUGGGAAACGCUUCAACAAUGACGGGACUCUGAGGAACCACAGCCGCGUGCAUCUGCAGCUUCGUCUGUUUGACUGUCCUGUGUGUGCGCGUAGCUUUAAGGAUGCCUACACCUGUCGAAAUCACAUGCGUGUUCAUAAUAGGUGAGGCAAUGGUGUUUCUGCUUCAGCAGCCAAAUUAAACAGAACUUAAGCUACAGGAGAGACUCAUGGGAAGGUUUCCCUAGUGAUCGUGACAUGUGCAGUCGCAGUUUUCCUGCUCCUGAUUACUAUCAGCAGUGCUAGAUAAUAGAGACAUGUAAAAUGUGCCAUGUUGUGGGCAGGAAUGAGAGACGCUGAACAAUAUAAUAAGUCACAUGUUGAUCUUCAUGUCCUCAGAAAACCUUUCGAGUAUAGUGUUUGAUGAUGUUGUUGAAAUUCAUUUCAUGUUCCUGUCGUGUCCCCUGCCAUCACACCAGUAGGAGGCAACAAACAAGUGCCAGUAUUGCCAGCUGUUUUCUGCUGCUUUU